GGUUGAGAAGAGCCGGUAGUCUUGGCAGUUGCUUUUCUUCUCACACACAAACACACUUCUUCAACUCCACACUUUGCUUUUGCUCUCCCUUUGCUCGAUCGAAAGAGAAGCUCAAAUGGCGAUAGGAGCAACGGCGCCACUGGCGAGAGGAAGUUUAGUAUGUUCUCAGUCUCACCAUAAGUUCUUGGGCUCCUCUUACAACCACCACACCUUUCUCUCCCUCCAUCCUCCUCGUCCCUCCCACCACAACCCCGUUCGGUCCAGGCCCAACACCACUUUCCUCAUCCAUUUCGAGCCCAUUGGGCCUUGGCCCACCCCCAGGCACCUUUCGGACCUCUUGCCGGCGACCCCUAGAGCCGCCGAUUCCACUUCCUCCGUCUCCUCCUCCGCCGCCGACAAAACCCUCGUCCCCGACGAUCAGUUCUCUCUCGCCAAGGUUUCGUUUGGUGUGAUUGGACUUACUGUUGGGAUUUCGCUCUUGGGAUAUGGUUUCGGAGCGUAUUUCAAUGUCCUUCCUGGUUCUGAAUGGUCGGCUUUGAUGCUCACAUAUGGCUUCCCUCUUGCAAUUAUUGGUAUGGCUCUCAAGUAUGCAGAACUCAAACCAGUACCAUGCUUGACUUAUUCAGACGCUUUACCGUUGAGGGAAACAUAUGCCACUCCAAUUCUUAAGCAGGUCAGGAAUGAUGUAAUCAGAUAUCGCUACGGGGAUGAACAGCAUUUGGAUGAGGCAUUAAAACGGAUAUUCCAGUAUGGUCAGGGUGGAGGAAUUCCGCGGAGGAGUGCACCCAUUCUACAAAUGAUUCGUGAAGAAGUCACGGAAGGUGGUAAAUACAGUCUAGUCCUGGUGUUUGAGGCAAAAGCUUUGGAGUUGUCAGAUUUUGAACUGAGACAGGCUAAAUUUGCUUCGUUCUUUGGACCGGGAAUUACAGCUGAAGUUGCUAAGGGAGAGAAGGAUCUUUAUGAAGUCCGACUCAUCUCCAAUGCCGACUCCAACACAUCAUCUUCGUAACAUGUAUAAUAUAUGUUCAUAGUUUGGUCCCACUGGCUAUACAAGCUAUAAUCUGUUGUAAAGUUUAUGCUGAGAUUUAGUUGGCAAAAUAUUAAAAGAUAAAAUUAUGUAUACAGAUUUUGACGAGAAAGAUAUGCACAGUUGCAAAUUAA